AUGGGGUCUAAUUCAUUUUCCAGUUUCAUUCCAGUCACGCUUUGUACCUUACCAAUUCUUCAGUGGCUUCUCUUAUCGCUUAACAAUUUGACCAUUGAUACCUCCACUCCAGAAGCAAACAUUUUCUCAUGUUUAGCCAAUCUUAGAAACUUGAGUAUGUUGAACCUCGCAGGCAAUCCUUUGAACACUGCUCUCCCUGCCUCCUUAGGGAAUCUAUCUACAUCACUACAGUAUAUUGAUUUUAGAAGAUGCAACUUCAAGGGUGACAUCCCCAAGGAGAUAGGCAACUUGAGCAGCUUGAUCAGCUUGCAACUAGGAUUCAAUCAACUGAGUGGAUCACUUCCAACGACACUCGGAAGAGUACGGAAUCUCCAAGAGGACAUUGGUAAUUUGAAAGUUGUAGCACAUAUAGAUUUGUCAAACAACCAUUUCUCUGGUUCUAUACCAAGCAGCAUUGGGGGUCUUCAAGAUUUGUUUAGUCUCUCCUUGGCAAAUAAUAAUCUAGAAGGCCAUAGUCCUAGUUCAUUUGGGAACUCGCUAAGCCUAGAACUCCUGGAUCUAUCCAACAAUAGUCUUUCUGGAGUCAUUCCGAAGUCUCUAGAAGCACUCUCAUAUCUCCAGUAUCUCAAUUUCUCUUUCAACAAAUUGCUAGGAGAAAUUCCAACAGGUGGUUAUUUCAAAAACUUCUCUUCCGAAUCUUUCGUCUCAAAUGGUGCACUCUGUGGCGCGACCCGACUGCUUGUUCCAACGUGCAAAACGAAAGCAGCUAGCAGAUAUUUCGUGAAGUAUAUUACUAUAGGCAGCUUGUCAGCCAUUCUCCUUGUAGUCCUUGUAUCAAUGAUACUAUGCAGAAAAAGGAUUGUGGAAGCUGCAACAGAUCAGACUACCCUGUCACCUCAAAAACUUCUUUGGAGAAAAGUUUCACGCUUGGAACUUCUAAGUGCAACAAAUGGAUUUAGUGAAUGCAAUUUACUUGGCACUGGGGCUUUUGGCUCAGUAUACAAAGGCACAAUGUCAGAUGGGAUAGACGUUGCAAUAAAGGUUUUCAACUUGGAAGUAGAAGGAGUUUCCAAGAGUUCUGAUAAUGAAUGUGAAAUGCUAAGCAAUAUUCGUUAUAUAAAUCUUCUCAAAAUCAUCACUUGUUGCAGUCAAACAGAUUUCAAAGCUGUUGUACCGAACUACAUGCCUAAAGGGAGCCUUGAUAACUUCUUGUACUCUAGGAACUCUUCUUUGAACAUAUUGCAGAGGUUACGGGAUAAAAGGAAUAGUUUCGAGAAGAGGGGAUGUGUUUACAGCUUUGGUAUUGUACUGAUGGAAACAUUCACAAAGAGGAAGCCAACAGACGAGAUGUUUGGUAGGGAGGUGAGUAUGAAGCAAUGGGUUGCAGAUUCACUAUUUCCAGGUGGAAUGGUGGAAGUUGUAGAUGCCAAUUUAUUUGGGACUGAAGAAGACGAUGAUUUUGCGAGCAAGGAGUGUUUAUCAUCCCUUAUGAGAUUGGCUCUAGUGUGUUGUGCAGAAUCGCCAGAAAAGAGGAUAAGUAUGCAAGAUGCGCUAGCCAUGCUCAACAAAAUCAAGACCAAGUUUUUGAAGAACGCUGCAGGAGGUGCUGUGUAA